AUUCUCAUCUUAAACAGGACAAACACACAGAAAACUCCUGGUGAAGCGACUGAGGUCCACGUGACACUAAUAUAAAGAUGGCGUUUAUUAAAGAGGAGAGUGAAGACGUGAAGAUUGAAGAAACAUUCAGUGUGAAACAUGAAGAAACUGAGGAACACACAGAUCUGAUGAUGCUAAAAGAGGAGAUUCAAGAUCCGAAAGAAACAGAAGAGAAAGAUCAGUUUGAGAAACAUUAUUUCCCAACUGGAGAAAAAUCAUUUAGUUGCUCACAGACUGAAAAAUCAUUUAGUUGCUCACAGACUGAAAAGACUUCACCAAAAAGUGCUCAAAAGACAGCAAAUAGAAGUUAUUUCACCUGCCAACAGUGUGGAAGGAGUUUCACUCAAAAAGGAAAUCUUAAAUGUCACAUGAGAAUUCACACUGGAGAGAAGCCAUACACGUGUCAACAGUGUGGAAAGAGUUUCACACAUCAAGGAACCCUUUAUACCCACAUGAAAGUUCAUUCUGGAGAGAGCCCUUACACCUGCAAACUGUGUGGAAUAACCUUGAAUCGAAAAGGAAAUCUUAAGACUCACAUGAGAGUUCACACUGGAGAGAAACCUUUUACAUGUGAUAAGUGUGGAAAAUGUUUCACACGUAAAGAGAGCCUUAAAAACCACGUGAGGGUUCAUGUAAAAGAUAGCUGUUGUAUAUGCCGUCAGUGUGGAAGGAGUUUCACAGACAAGAAACAGCUUAAGAGGCACGUAAAAACUCACUCCGGAGAGAAGUCUUACAUGUGCCAUCUCUGUGGAAUGAGUUGCGCAAACAAUACAAACCUCGAAGUCCAUGUGAGAGUUCACACUGGAGAGAAGCCUUACAGCUGCCAACAGUGUGGAAAGAGUUUCAAUCGAAAAGAAAGUCUUAAGACUCAUAUGAGAAGUCACACUGGAGAGAAGCCUUUCACCUGCAAACUGUGUGGAAAGAGUUUUACACAUAAAGGAACCUGUUAUACCCACAUGAAAGUUCACACUGGAGGGAAGCGUUUCACCUAUCUUUAGUGUGAGGAGAUUCAGCAUCAAAUAGACCUGAAAAAUCAUUUGCAGACUAGUUCAAAAAUUGCAGUGUUCUGAGUGGAGCGAUUUCAAAAAGAAAAGCUUGUAAAAGCAUUAAAUUCACUUUCAAAACUUUAAGUCCAUUUAGGCCUGGUUUCACAGACAGAGCUUAUAUUAAGCCAGGAUUAGGCUUUAGUUCAAUCUGGGAAUUUAAGUAGCUUUUAUAAAUCUGCCUUAGAAAAAAACAAAACAUUACUGGUGUGUAUCUUGAGACAAAACAAUGGCACUGAACCACUGACUUAAUUUAAGGGUGUAUUCACAGUUAUCUGGUUUGGUUCGAAUUAAUCAAACUCAAGUUCGUUUCCCCCCUUGGUGCGGAUCUUUUGAGCAGGUGUGAAUACAGCAAUCGCACUCUGGUGUGGACCAAACAAUCGUACCAAGACCCAGCUGAAGAGGUGGUCUCGGUCCGGU